AUGUUUGCAAAUACUGUCAAGUCUGAUGGAUUUUCAGUUGAUUUUGUAUUCAACAAAAGAACAACAAAAGGUAUCUCUUUAACAGCAAACAUUGAUUUAAAGCUUGAAGAUUUUGGCUUGGAAGAAGUAAAACAAACUUACCAGCCCAUGUUUCUAGAUCCUGGGAGAAAAAGCGUGUUCACUGCUGCAAUUUGUUUAGAUACAACCAACCAUCAAAUAAGACGCUGCUCAACAGCAGAGUAUUAUCACAUUACCGGAUCGACAAAGUACAUUAAACAGCUAGAAAAGCUUAAGGUUCAAAAGGGCAUAAAAGAAAUUGAAAACAGUAUACCCUCUUCUAAAACAGCUGAAUGCGUUGCUUAUCUCCUCUAUAUUGAAUACAUUCUUACCCAUGCUGGUGUCUUAUUCGCAUUUUAUGAUUACAAAACAGCAAAGGAUCACUUUUACUUGUAUCAAGGCAAACAGAGAGCGGCAGAAGAAACGGUGAACAUACUUGUACAUGGAGGUACCAAGUAUAAUAAGAGAAAGAAGAGACACAGGAGGAAAAAAAGAAGCAAAAACUGA